UAAUAGACCGCCACCCAAUCACAAACCGCCUCUCGAGAAAAGACUCGACCCUUUAUCUACUAACACUUAUCAAAAACCUCAAGCCCUCGCUGCCUUAUCUAUUUACCGUCACUUUCUUUUUUUAAUUCUCUCUCUCUCUCUCUAGGGUUUUUUUACGCUCUGUGAAUGGACUAUAGCCUCUACACCACCAGCAACAAGACCCUCUCUCUACGAUUUUUACCGUCAGCGGUAAAAUCCCGAAAGUUACCCUCAAUUUCGUCCCCCAGUUGGACGUUCAAGUCAUCGACUGCUUUCCUUAACCGGAAAGUAGAGCGAAAACCGACAAGGGGUGUUGCGGUUAUUGUGGUUGCAAGAGCGGGGUCGUCGAGCCACUGCGAGCCGAGCAGUAGUAGCAGCAGCAGCUUGAACACCCCGCUGGAACUGAGGUCUGCGGCUGGGAAGUUUUUGAGCGGCGUGUUUCAGAAUCAGAAACAGCUUUUUCAUGUUGCUGUGGCUGAUGAGUUGAAGUUGUUGGCGGAUGACAGAGAUAGUGCUUUGAGUCGCAUGGUUCGUAGCUCUGGCUCCGAUGAAGCUUCUCUUCACAGGAGGAUUGCUGAGCUGAAGGAGCAUGAGUGUCAAGUUGCCGUUGAAGAUGUCAUGUAUAUGUUAGUUCUUUACAAAUUUUCUGAGAUCAGAGUCCCUUUGGUUCCAAAGCUCUCUAGGUGCAUCUACAAUGGCAGGCUAGAGAUACGACCUUCAAAGGACUGGGAGCUAGAGUCCAUCCACAGCUUUGAGGUCUUAGAGAUGGUUAGGGAACACGUCUCUACAGUUAUUGGCUUGAAAGCAAAUUCUAGUGUGGCAGACAGUUGGGCAACAACUGAGGUCCAAAGGUGCCGGCUUGGUAGAGUGUAUGCAGCCUCGAUUUUAUACGGUUAUUUCCUCAAGUCUGCCUCCUUAAGGCAUCAUUUGGAAUGGUGUCUGGUUCUGCCCCACCAAGAUAUUCAUCUUGGUCAUAGGAGCACCCUUCAGUUUCCAGAAUCACUGCCUUCUUAUGGAUUAACAAAUCUUGUUUUUGGUCACAUAAGCAACAAGCAAUCGACGUCACAGGGAACAAGGUUAAACAGGCCAAAAUCAGAACAUGAAAAAUUGAAGUGCUACAUGAUGGGGUUUGAUUCCGAGACACUGCAGAGAUGUGCAAAACUGAAAUCUAAGGAGGCUGUGAAUUUGAUUGAGAAGCACAGCUGUGCACUGUUUGGAGAUGAGAAGACCGGCGUGCUUGAGAAUGAUGAGGUGAUCUUGACCUCGUUUUCUAGCUUGAAGAGAUUGGUUUUGGAGGCAGUUGCUUUUGGUUGUUUUCUUUGGGACACAGAAGAAGAUGUCAACUCUGUAUAUAAGCUUAAAGACAACUAAAGGAGAGGGAGCAAGUUUCAAGAGAGGAUUGGCUACUGGGCGAAACUCUUCUUGUACAUACGAGCUUGAUUGCUGCAUUUGACUCUUGUUUCCAAGUUCCCGCAGUUUAUUGUAUAGACUACAUAGAAAUAGAGUUAUAUAGUAUAGAGCUGUUUUGGCUUCUCGUACGCAGUUCCGCUAAGCUAGGUUGACUGGUUUUUUAACUAGCGAGUCAAAGUUUUGACUUCUUGUUGCAUGUUCUGUAAGUAGCAGUUGCAGAGAUUUGAUGCUUGCAUGCCA